GGCGCAGGAGGCGGCUGCUGCUGGCGCUGCUGCUGCUGGCGCUGCCACCGCCGCCGACGGCCGCGCUGAGCCGCGGAGCCCGGCGGCCGAGGGAGCCCGAGCGGGGCGGCGCCGGCGGGGUGGUCGCGGCGCGCGGCGCCCGCUCAGGAUGUCGCGCAAGGUGCCCCGCGCGGAGGUGUGCGCCGACUGCAGCGCCCCAGACCCUGGCUGGGCGUCAAUCAAUCGCGGAGUGCUGGUCUGCGACGAAUGUUGCAGCGUCCAUCGCAGCCUGGGGCGCCAUAUAUCCAUUGUCAAGCACCUUCGCCACAGCCCUUGGUCUGCCACCUUGUUGCAGAUGGUGCACACCCUCGCGAGUAACGGUGCCAAUUCUAUAUGGGAACACUCGCUGCUUGAUCCGGCGCAGGUCCAGAGUGGGAAGCGCAAAGCUAACCCCCAGGAUAAAGUCCACCCCACCAAGUCUGAAUUCAUCCGUGCCAAAUACCAGAUGUUGGCCUUUGUCCACAAACUCCCGUGCCGAGACGACGACGGCGUCACCGCCAAGGACCUCAGCAAGCAACUGCAUUCAAGCGUCCGGACAGGGAACCUGGAGACCUGCUUGCGCCUUCUUUCCCUGGGCGCCCAGGCCAACUUCUUCCACCCGGAGAAAGGGACGACGCCCCUGCACGUCGCUGCCAAGGCGGGGCAGAUACUCCAGGCAGAGCUGCUCGUCGUCUAUGGGGCAGACCCUGGGGCGCCUGACGUGAACGGACGCAGCCCCAUUGAUUAUGCCAGGCAGGCAUCUCAGCACGAACUGGCCGAGCGCCUGGUGGAAUGCCAGUACGAGUUGACGGACAGGCUGGCUUUCUACCUCUGCGGGCGAAAGCCAGACCACAAGAAUGGGCACUACAUCAUCCCGCAAAUGGCAGACAGCCUGGACCUCUCUGAGCUCGCCAAGGCAGCCAAGAAGAAACUGCAGGCGCUAAGCAACCGUCUCUUUGAGGAACUCGCCAUGGACGUCUACGAUGAAGUGGAUCGCCGGGAGAAUGAUGCAGUCUGGCUCACGACGCAGAACCACAGCACCUUGGUGACGGAGCGCAGCGCAGUCCCCUUCCUUCCCGUGAACCCCGAAUAUUCUGCAACACGCAACCAGGGACGGCAGAAACUUGCCCGCUUCAAUGCCCGGGAAUUUGCCACCCUCAUCAUCGAUAUCUUAAGCGAGGCGAAACGUCGGCAGCAGGGCAAAAGCCUCUCCAGCCCCACAGAGAUCCUCGACUCCUCCCUCCACGGGCCCAGCGACCUCGACGACCAACACGACUACGACAGCGUUGCCUCAGACGAGGACACGGACCAGGAGCCCCUCCGCAGUGCCAACGCAGGCCGCAAUAACCGCGCUCGGAGCAUGGAUUCCUCGGACCUCUCAGACGGUCCCAUCACUCUGCAGGAGUAUUUGGAGGUCAAGAAGGCGCUGGCCACCUCGGAAGCAAAAGUGCAGCAAUUGAUGAAAGUCAACAACAGCCUGAGCGACGAACUGAGGCGGCUGCAGAGAGAGAUCCACAAGCUGCAGGCGGAGAACAUGCAGAUUCGCCAGCAGGUGGGGCCCACCCACCCGGCGGCAGCGCCACCCCCCAGCGAGCGCCCCGACCACGGCCACAUGGCCUCCACGGCCACAGGAGCCCACCGCCGGGACCGCCACGCCUUCUCCAUGUACGAGCCGGGCACCGGGGCCCUCAAGCCCUUUGGCCAGCAGCCGAUGGACGACCUGGUCACACGCCUUUCCACCCCGUUCCACCCCGGGGAGGUGGACGAGGAAGCCUUGUAUUCCAUCCACAACCAGGCCAGCAUCUACCGGAUGCGGAAGGGCGGCUCCAUCUCGUCAAUGCCAUUCCCUCAGUCUUCUCCCCUCUUGUCCUGCGCUCCUGAGAGCGGACGUCACAUGACUGGAAAACUGGACCGACACGGCAGCGGCACAGACAGUGAUUAUGACAACACGCAGGGCGGAGAUCUGCCUCUCAGCAUGGAUGGGAAGCGCUUGCUGGACCUCAGCAAGGAUGACGACUUGCACCCAGAACCUGAAGCACUGGAAGGCGACCUGGACCCGGGCUUGCCCAGCACGGAAGACGUCAUUCUCAAGACAGAACAGGUCACAAAGAAUAUCCAGGAGCUCCUCCGAGCUGCCCAGGAGUUCAAGCACGACAGCAGCUUCGUCCCCUGUUCGGAGAAGAUUCACGCUGCUGUCACGGAAAUGGCGUCGCUUUUCCCCAAGAAGCCGGCUCUGGAGACUGUGCGCAGCUCCUUGCGCCUGCUGAACGCCAGCGCCUACCGCCUGCAGAGCGAGUGCCGCAAGACGGUCCCCCCGGAGCCAGGGGCCCCCGUGGACUACCAGCUCCUGACCCAACAGGUCAUCCAGUGUGCCUACGACAUCGCCAAGGCCGCCAAGCAGCUGGUCACCAUCACCACCCGCGAGAAGAAGCAGUGAAGGGCGGCCAGGCGGGGGGCGGGCGAGGCUGGCUCAGCCCCUCUUCCUCCCCCCCAGCUCCUCCCUUCCCCAGUGGAGGAUUUUGGGGGGUGGGCCAUGCAGCCACUUGGAAGUGUCCUUUCCCCACCGACCCACCUGCCCCCUCCCUGCCAAUUGGCCCGCCUGCCCAGGCUGGGUUGGGUCAACGCUGCAACUUACGAGGGGCGGGAUCGGGGCCCUAUAGGGCACACGCCCCAUGGCGCUGGGGUGCCUGCGCAGUGAAGAAAACUCCCCCUGUAAAUAUUCCCAUCUCCCCAUCCUUUGGCACGGGGCGGGGGGGCAUACCUGUGGCGUUAAAGAUGUGGCUUCAUUCCAGCUCUCAGCAGCCUGGGAGGAAGCAGGCCAUGGAGCCCCCCGUCUUGCAUGCUGAAGGUCCCGGGUUCAAGCCCCAACGGCAUCUCCAGGCGGGGCUGGGAGAAGCCCCUUGCCUGAAACCCUGUUGGGCUGCUGCCAGUCAGUGCAGACAGUCCUGGGUGGACAAAUGGUUUGGACUUGGUCCAAGGCAACUUCCUUAGUUCUCCAGCGACAUCUGGAGGGCCACGGAUUCUCCGCCCCUGCGGCCACUCCAGAUGUUGUCCGGCUCUUGCGUUCAUCAUCAUCACAAUCAACCUCGCCCGUGCUGUCUGCUCAGGGCGGUUGCGAGUUCAAGUCUAGAGCCCCUAGCCGGAGAGGGGCCACACAUGCUCCCCAGCCUCGCCUUCAGACAGGGACGGCUAAUCUGGCCCUUUGGCCACUGCAGGCUUUUUAAAGAAUCACUAUGUAGCCCAACCCCCUGAAAGACAGGAAUCGCAGCCCAAAGGGAUGCAUCCAGACACACCUGGGGGGGCGCAGGUUAGCUUUCCCUGCCCGUUUUAGCAGGGCGGGGGUCCUCCUGAAAGGAGUCAAAUCUUCCCCCCCCCCCUGCAAACAUCACUCCUCUUCUUCUUCCUCCUCCUCCUCCUCCCCACCUUCCCAUAUAGUGCGUGGAACUGUAUGUGUCCCGUUCCUGACUCACCUGACCACGCACCGAUAUAUAUAUAUAUGUAUAGAGAGAUAUAUAAACACCAAAUGUAUUUAUCUCACCACGUUCCCUUCCCUGAUAGUGUUAACACUGGAAUUACAACCUCUAGGUGCUGUGGGUCAGGGCCUCAUUCCCCCCCCCCCUCCCUGGAAACCUCCUCCGGAUGGGUCACUUCUCCCUCCAUCAUUCCUUUUUGGGGGGGGUGGGGAGUAUGGGGGCUGCCUUUGCCUCUGUAGCAAAGAAUCGGUUCCCCCCACUUCCCUCACUGGCCAGUCGUGUUCCCCCCGCCCCCUUGAAAUCUGUGAAGUUUUUCAUGCCAUUGAGGGAAUGUGGGGUGGGCUACCAGAGUGUGGGGAGGGGCAACACAUGGCUAUUGAGGGCUGCAACUGGGCACUGCGCUGGAAAUCUCGUUUGUCCUGUAAAUUUGUAACAAAUAAAAAAGAUGUGAGCAUC